AUGCGGUGCGCCACAAAACGGGCUCGGCUCUGCGCGCAGGGCAUUCUCACGAAUGUUCACGGGCGUGCCUUGAAAGAAAUUGUCACCAUCACGCUGAAAGCGAUGAUCUCUGCAGGCCCAGUCGUCGCCAUUCCCACCAAGUUUCCCAAUCAUGCACGCGGUGUGGUGGUAAUCGGUGACGCGUUUGAUGACUUAAGAGCGAUGAAGGGAUUAAUGCAAUCGGGGAAGGUCGUUUUCAAUGCGUUAAGUUGCGCACUCCUCGCAUCGGGUGGAAACAGAGACACGGCGAGCGCAACGACAUCGAUUUUCACGACACUGCCACGCGCGCGUGUCAAGGAAUUCAUCCCGUCGCACGUUUUCAACGCAUUUGCAGAUGGUUUGAUCGGGUUCGACGAUAAAACACCUUCCUUGAGCGAGGUGUGUACCGUCGCCUUUGUGCGAUUCAAUCCCAAAGGAGACGACUGUGUAGUCGAAUGCAUCGGCGUCGUGCAUCGCGUGGUUUCGCAAUAUCAGGGCGUUGUUUUGCAAAGUAUCGUAGAUGACAACGGGCCUUCGUGCUUGUGCGCGUUCGGCGUUCCCGGAACCCCCAAGCGCGGCGCGACGACGAGAGGAUUGCGAUUCGCGCGAGAUCUCUUGAAAACACUAGACGGUGCGCUGACGCACGCGCGGUGUGGGUUGUCCACAGGCGUCGUGAACAUAGGUGCCGCGUGUGAGGUGAACUCUAAGUCGCAUUCCGAGUUCUCGCUCGUCGGUGUCCCAGUGAUACUGGCCGCCCGACUAGCUGAUGCGGUGAAACCUGGCGUCGCGGCGAUGGAUGAAGAGACGCGUGUUUGGGCGGCUUCAGCGCUCAACAAUAAUGCGCGUACGUCUCGCAUUGAAUUAUGUUUAAAAGGUUUCCCGCGAGCGAUGACAACGUUUAUCAUAGAGUAG